GCUCCCGCUGGUCUCAGGAUGCCAGCUUUGAAUGUUCCUCCAGUGCUGGGCGGAAACAGUGGUCGUGGCGAAAGGUUUGGGGCUCCGGGAGGAUGGGCCAAUCCUUGGAGGCCUUCAGACUCUGUGCCCGGCGGCUACAAGGGAGAUUUCAGCGACCCUCCUACGUGGCCCGGAUGGUCUUACAGAAGGCAGUGGGUCACCUCGGUGAGGAGAUGGGACAAGCAGACGGACAUCCCCUUGUUUCGGCGUGCCGAGAAGGUCCUGAGGACUCUAGGCUGGGAGAUGCAGGUGGACUUCGAGCACCUCACCGAGGAGCAGCUGGGCUCGCCGAGGUACCUCGACUACAUUCUCCAGAUCAUCGAGAUGAAGGCUGGAGUUCGAGAAGACGACGAGCGCCGCCAAGCGCAUCGCAGCGUCAUGCAUGACGUUGGAAAGCGCCGCGACGAGAGUUUGGCUCAGUUCGCCAUGCGUCGAUUGAGGGAUUUCACCAAGGCGGCCGCUUUUGGGGUUCAGCUCCCGAACGAGUUCAAGGCGGCAAUGCUUCGUGAAGGUGCGGGUCUGUCAGAGCAGGGCCUCCAGAAUCUGACGGCCUUGAUGCAAGGUAGAGAUCACGACAUUGAUCUUCUGGCGACCACCCUGGCCCGCAUGGACUCACGAAGCGACCGGGUGUCUGGGUUUGUGGCCUUCGAAAACCACAAGGCUCCGGUCUUCGCGACGGAGCCCGACCUUGACCUCUCCGAGGACCAGGAGAGUGACAUCCCGGAGGAAGUUCUCGAGGACGAGUACGUGCUGGCCGAGAUCACGGGCAUGAACUUCACGGAGGAGCAGGCGGCUUGCAUCUUCGCCAUGGUGGAGAACAGGCCGCCCUUUCGCAAAAGAACGUGGAAGGAGAACAAGCGUUUCAAGGCGGACAUCCGGAAAGAACGAGGCAGCUUCAUGAAGUCCAGCGCCGGCAAGGAAGGUACUCGACCCUAUUCGCCCGGUGGUCGAGGCAGAAUGACCAAGGAACAGCUGAAGAAGAUCUCCAAGUGCAACACUUGCGGGAAACGGGGACACUGGUCAGAGGAUUGCCGUCAAGCAGGCCCCACUUCCUCGACGACCGCAGCCACGGCAGGAUCAUCGUCGAGGCUCUCAGGCUUCUGCUACCUCGGGGAGACUUCUGCUGCACCGUCUACGGCCUCUUCACACUACACCUUUGCCGCAUGGGAUGCCGAGACCGAGGAUGCAGGCGUGAGACUUCCUGCCUCCCAGAGUUGGUCUUUCUUGACCAUCCCGCCGGGGCUGGCGAUUCUGGACAUUGGUGCCACUCAAGACAUCAUCGGGCAUCAUGCGUUGUCAGCCUUGGAAUGUGAACUGGAGGCGAAAGGUCUUCAGUUAGUCGUGGUCCCAGCUCCUUCGGCGGCCCCUACGGGAAUCGGCGGCCAAGCUCAAGUUCUCAAGGCCGUGCUCACACCGGUUGCCUUCGGAGGAGUUCCUGGAGUUGUGCGGUUUGUGGUGAUCGAGGGACAUGUACCCCCUCUUUUGUCAGUUGGGCUUUUGGCCCAUCUUGGAGCAAAGCUCGAUCUUGAAAGCGACGAGGUUCAUCUCAAGACCAUAGGAGUGAGCCUCCCCAUGACUCGUCUUCCCUCAGGACAUCGAGCUAUUCCGUUGGUCCAAUGGGAAGGCGGCGAUUUUGAGGUCCCCGAGGCUGCGAAAGAGCAGUAUGACUUGCCAAAGGACGCCUUCAUGAAGCCUUCGGCCUCAUCCGCAUACACAAACAAGGGUUUCGAGGGGAAGUGUCUCAGGCAGUCUGCAGAUAGGUCAGUUGAUGUGCACCCGACCUCCUUGAAGCACCUCAAGCGUGUCCGAUUUGGAAGCGUUGAGUAUGUCGAUCAUAUCUUGGCAGAUGAGAACCAUGUCAUGUCGUGUCAGAGGAAGAGAACUGUUCUUCAACCCACAGCACUGCUGCUCAAAUGGGCAACAGCCUGGUGCCUUCGGGUUCUCAAUUCGAUUUCCCUCGCGACCGUGAACAUGGAACCUUCGUCUCGAGCGACGAGCGGCGCGAGUGGUGUGAGCUCACCCAUCAUGCGAUGGCAGGCGGUGGUCAUGCGGAUGUUCCACAUGUGGGAGAUCAUUCGUGUUGGCUAUCGGAGGUUGGCGGUGGCGGAGACCGCCCAGAAGAGUGUCCUCUCGGAGCGACGCAAGUUCCUCACGGACGACGCUCAAGAACCAGGUCGGACCUCAUAUACUCCCAAGCAUCCUCGCUCCAAGGCGAAGGCCAGGGCUCGAAGGAACGACUAUGGUGCGAUGGGGGCGGCGUUCACCCCUCCGGCGAGACCGUCCCUGGCAACUUCCUCGACUACCCCGCCAAGGAGUGUGUCGGACACGGAGAUCCACCCGGAUUUGAAUGCCACUCUGCAGGCGAUGAUGAUGGCCGGAUUCAAGGAGAUGACGUCCUCGCUUCGGGACCUUGCUCAAGGGCAGGGUCAAAUGCUGGCGAUGAUGCAACAGGGCAUGCGGUCCGACAUCUCCGGCUUGUCGCCCGACCAGAUGGACAAGCUGGUGAACGAGACCGUGGCGUUGCAGAUGCAGGUGGACCAGGAGGACGAGAACGACACUCCCACCAGCUGGUCUCCGGUUCGACCAGAGCCAAACCCAAACGAGCACGACCUCCCGGUCCGGGAAAAGAAUGGCGACGAGCAUUGCUGGGUCGUGUACUACCCGAAGCUCCCGGCCGAGGAGAACAGCUCUUCCUCCUCCUGGAUGCGGCGACCCUGGAUUACGAGCACCUCUGGACUACCUCCGGGUGACGAUCGAGUACUAUGGCACUCGCAGCGCGAUGAACGAGGGCUCUUAAUGAGUCAAGGACCCGGUACACCAAGGGACACCGGUUCCGCCCUCAUCACCUGGAGCUGCCCUAGAGACUUGGUGUUUCUUCAAGAAAAUGUGGACGACAGUUUUCCCACUCAGGGCUAUGACGAGGACGGCAAUAGUUCCACCAUGGGGCCAUUUUGGCUACUACGAGCACCGCGGCUAGAACGUUGGGCCUCCUCGUUGAUGGCUACUCCUUCGAGCUACCACAUUCCGAUCAAGGAGAAGGAGCAGGCCGAGAAGGGCUUGAUUCACGUGGCGGCUCAAUAUCAAGCUCGUGCUCACCAUGACCGAGUGGACUUCGUCGAGGUCUUCCAGGAGUUCCAGGUGACGCCGGCGUUGCAGGAGAAGAGGCUGCGCAUUGCUGCCGGCUGGAAUGUGGAGGACAAAGAACAUCGGACGAGGUGUCGGAGAUUCUUGGAACGCAAGUGUCCAACAAUGGUGGCUAUGAAGCUGCGUGCUCCAGAGGAAGCUCCCGCUGGACGUGGGGCAGUCAAGAAUGGCGUCGAGGCCGGCUUCGCGUUGGAAGUGGCAAAAUCACAGAUGAGCAGCGGGCGCGAGUUCUACAUCGAGGCACCCCACGAUCACGGCAUUUGGCCCUCUGCGCAAGGCAGGUGCUUCCUCGAUGACACUUUCCUAUAUGUGGGAAGAGAUGAUGGAGUUGGCUGGGCGACGAACUCCCCCGACCUCGUGAGUUACAUGCUGGAUCGGCCCUCGCAAAUGCACGAGCAGACGGCGAAGAGACGGCAGGACAUGCGAGACUUCUCCAAUCCGGCGCAGGCCGAAGGGGACUUGGCCCCGCACGAACAGACGGCGAAGAGGCUGCUGGACUCGCGAGACUUCUCCAUGACGUCAUGUCUUCGACUGCUGACAUCAACGGCCUGGCCCUCGUCAUCUCGCAGAAGGCGGGAUGCUCAGCGAUCCAACGUGUACCUUCUCCUCGGACAGUUCACCUAUGGCAAGUUUUCAGGAGUCACGAGGGCGACUGGGCAGCUAGUAUGGGUCACGCGUUACCUCAACGCCUUCAUGACUUUCCAUGGCGCUUCCGGCCCUAGAUCCUCCCUGGUGGUGUCAAGCGGAAGCCGCAUCAAGUACCACAAGGACAUCAACAAUGUCGGCACGAACUACAGCAUCGCUCUCGGCAAGUUCACGGGCGGAGGACUGUGGGUCGAGGACGAGUCUGGCUCCGAGAUCAGGUCUAUGCCUUCUGGUGCUGAAAAACGAGGACGUGUGAUUUCCCAUCGCAAGAGGAUGAUUUCCUUCGACCCCCGCCGACACCACGGAGUGGAGCCGUGGGAGGGCACGCGGUGGAGCAUCACUGUUUAUCAGACCAGGUCCUCCCAAGGGCUUGAUGCACCCCGGACAGACGAGUUGCGGCAUUUUGGUUUCGAGCUAGAUGGUUAUCCAGACAGAACCCCGAAGGAUGAUCAGAACGACCAGGCCAACGACGAGGAGUUCGACGAGGAUGGCCCAGGUCCCGAGCCCCGGCAGGAGAUUCUGUCCGAGUCUCAGAAAUCCUUGAUCAAGAAGAUCCAUGUGAAUAUGGGACAUCCUCCUCGAGAUCGUCUGCUACGGACCUUGAAGGCGGCCGGUGCAAGGCCAAGCGUGCUGAAGUACGUUCGAGAUGAAUUUUCCUGUGACGUCUGCGCCAUCAGGCGAGGACCAGAUCAUCGCCGAAAGGCUCAAUGUCCGAGAACUUUUGCGUUCAAUCGAGUGCUUUCAGUGGAUGUCUUUUACGUUUCUUUCCGAGGGUCCAGCGUGCCGGUUCUCAACAUGGUGUGUCAUGGUACAGGCUAUCGCAUAGCACAGCGAAUUGAGGGAACUUCUGGGACCCCUACGGCUUCAGCCACCUGGAAGGCUUUCGUGAACUCGUGGCUCCGAUUUCUGGGGCCUCCCCAGAUGAUUGUGACAGACGGGGGCAACGAGUUUCGUUCAGUCUUUGAAAGAGGACUGGAACAACAGGGAGUCUUGCAGCACGCAACAGCUCCAGAGAGCCCGUGGCAAAACAGCCGGGCCGAGCGACACGGAGGUUGGCUGAAGCAGAAGCUGAAGCAAGAGAUCGAGUCCGGACAGCUCACUUUAUCUUCUUCGGACGAGCUGGACGACUUCAUGGCACAGCUUUUGGCAGCCAAGAAUCGUUGGUUCAAUUCCGGCGGCUACACUCCGGUGCAGCUAGUGUUCGGCGAGUUGCCCCGUGUUCCCGGUGAGCUCCUGUCCGAGGACCCGGGAGGUCUAGUGCCUUUGUCUGAUGCCUAUCGGGAUCCCGGAGGCCUGGAUGAGUCAGGCGCCGAGUUUCGUCGCAGAAACGACAUUCGAGGGCGAGCUCGACAGCUCGCUAUGCAGGCGACCAGCAAGGAGGCAAUCCACCGUGCAGUUCGCAGCUCCAUGGUACCCGCUCGCCAAUGGAGCCCCGGUCAAUGGGUCUACUGUUUUCGCCGAGGCAAGGCCGGAGAUGCGCUGCAUCCCACUCCCCGUUGGGUGGGUCCAGGACUGGUGGUGUUGAAUACCAGAUCCGUGAUCUGGGUGGCUAUGCGGACUCGGCUGUGGAGAUGUUCUCCCGAGCAACUGCGCCCAGCUUUCCCUUCGGAAGUCGUCGGGCGAGAAUUGGCCUCAGACCCUGCUCUAGGAGAACUCCUACGGCAAGUGGUUUCGGGAAGUCAAACAGGUGCGGUCGAUGUGUCCAAAGAAGGGCCACCCGACGAGUCUGAUCAUCUUCGACCAGUCGAUCGUGAUCCCGAUGGAGUUCCGCUGUCUUCCCCUGGCCGAGAACCUCAAAGAGUUUCAGGGAGUGGACCACGCCCUGAGGAGACUAUUCCCGUGCCGCCGGGACUACUGCCGACGGCUCAACUAGCUCCUACUCAGGCGCAGCACCUGGACACCGACAACGCGGACCCCGCAGCUUCGUCGAGGCCAUCCCGCAGAUCGUCCGUGCGGGAACCCGCUCAAGAGCCAGAGACGAGUGAGGCUCUUUCCCCGGUUCCGGAGGAAGAGAUGCAUCCCAGCUACCGCUUUCCAGAAGGGGAGCUUCCGUCCGAGGAGCCAGCCCUGGACCAGCGAGAGAGCAAGGUCCAGAGAACUACAGAGCAGGAGCGCUCUGCGGUGGAUGCUCGAGAGGCAAGGAAUGAGGCCUCCAGUGGAGCGUCAAGCUCUGCAUUGCCCGGCCUCAACACUUCGGAGGCAGCUGCCGUCAGAGCUCCUGGCACUCCUAUCCGGCAUGUUCUGGACGCAGUGACGCGAGGGCGCGAGGUACCAGCCGGACAGGCCAGCUCCCUGCCUGAGGAACACCUGGACGACGACUUGUGUCAGUGGUUUUCCAUGGAUGAGCAGAGCAAGUUUUCCUUUGUGGCUUCCAGGUCGGACGAGGUCAACCUCAAGCACCUGUCGCACGCCGAAAAGAAGUUGUUCGAGCAGAGCGACGUCGUGGAGUGGCAGGCCAUCUUGAAGACCAAGGCCGUUCACGUUCUCCGAGGGCGUGAAGCAGAGCUCAUGAGGCGCAAGUAUCCCGAGCGAGUGCUGAGCUCGCGCAUGGUGCGGCGUAAAAAGCCGCAGCCCGGCGAAGGGAAUUGGAAAGCGAAAUCCCGCUGGUGUAUAGCGGGGCAUGAAGAUCCAGAUACCGCCAGCCUUUCCACAUUCUCUCCGACACCAGCCACCGAGAGCAUCAUGUGCUUCUUGCAAGUUGGGUUGAACCUUGGCCACUUCUUUUCAUUCACGGAUGUCAAGAAUGCGUUCUGCCAAUCGGAUCGGCUGCGACGCCCGAGAGGCCCCAUCUUUGCCGAACCUUGUGAAGGGUUGCAGCUGGAGCCGGGGUCGUUGAUUGCGAUCGACGCCCCGGUGUACGGGCUCGAUGACGCCCCGGCAGCAUGGAGGAACACUGUCACGAAGUUCUUGUCCGAGGAAGGCUUUGUCAGAAACCUUGUGGAACCGUGCUAUUGGAUGAGAUUUGAUAGUCAAGGCCGCAACGAAGCUCAAGUGCUGAUCGCAGUGGACGAUUUUAUUGUCAGUUGUGAUCAGGCAGUGAGGGAGCCCUUGCGCACGCAGUUCGAAGCCAGGUUCCAGUUCGGCAAGUGGGAAGACGGCGAGGCUGAGUAUGCAGGCCGGUUCGUGAAGGUGACCUCCGAUCGGAUUCUUCUUCAUCAAGAGAAGUACAUCAACGAGCAGAUCCUCCCCGUGGCUCUCUCCAAGGGCAGGAGGUCUCAGAAAGACAGUCCCCUCACCAAGGAGGAGUUCCAGAGCUUCAGGAGUGCUGUCUACAAGGUGAACUGGGUGGCGAAGGAGACAAGGCCGGAAGUAUGUGGGACAGCGUCCUUGAUGGCGAGUCGGCUGACGAGGGCCACUGUUGAGGACGUGAUCGUUUUGAACAAGAACAUCAACUACCUCAGAAACACCUCGUCGAGGCCACUGGUUCUGUGGCGACACGACCCGCUCAACAUGGCAUUCCUGGCAGUGUCUGACGCUGGUGGCACUGGAUCCAAGUUCGAGUCCAUCGACGAAGAUGGACUGCCCUCGGACGGCACCCAGGGAGCUUGGAUGGUGCUAGCAGCAAACUCCCUUCCGGUCGGCAACCAGCGGGUGAAAGCCUCUCCACUCUCGUGGCGCUCAAGCAAGCUUCGUCAUAAAGUGUUCUCCACCUUUGGAGGAGAGACCCAGGCUAUGCUGCAGGCCAUCAAUGAGGUGGAUUGGUUGCAAAUCAUGGUUCGGGAUGCCACGCAGCACGACGUGGAGCUGAAGCAGUGGCGCAACUCUUUGUCGCCACACAUGCUCAUCAUGCGAGGGAGCGUCGAGCUCCAGAAGCAGCCCCAGUGUUCCGUUACUGAUGCGAAGAGUUUGUAUGACUGCAUCAUGAAAGAACAUCCCCAAGGCAAACAGGACAGAAAGUCUGCUUUGGAACUCGCGAUAAUAGUCAAAGAUCUUCGCGACUCCUCUUCCAUGGUGAGGUGGGUACCUCACCAGAAAAUGCUGGUUGAUGCCCUCACCAAGGCGGACCCGAUGAAAGCCAAUGGAGCGAUGGAUCAGUUCUUGAAAACCGGCACGCUGAGUCUUGUAGAUGUUUCUGAGGAGUUGAGGCAGCAGCCCAAGACUCUAAGUUUAUGA